GCCUUCCCCUCCUCCCGGACCAGUGCUGAAAGCUGUAGGGGAGAGGAGGUGUUUCUCUGUACGCUCUGGCUGCAGACAGUGACAGUAAAAUAUGCUGCAAGGCUGAACCCUUCAGAUUGGUAUCUGCUGGCAGGGAAGACAUGGAAGUGGAAGGCGUUAAUGACUUCAAAGCACUUCGAGCCAAAUUUCAAAACAACUCCAAUUUUUCAAAUACUCUGUUACAACCAGCCAAGAGGCCUCCCGCAGAUUUUUUACACCCAUCUUGCAGUGAUGGUAAGCAUGUAUCCGGCCCCAAAAUCCCAAGCAAGGAAGAGAGAUUGGCAUGCAAACAAAAGGAGGAGCAGUUUUGUUACACUGUACGCAACUCGGAGCUAACACACUCCAAGCCUUUGGCAAUGCCUCGAGCCAAGUUCAGCAAUUUGCAUCUGAGUGGGAAGGAUGAAGAUCCAAAGGAUAAAGUCCUACAGGUAGCUGUUGGUGGCAAUGCCCUUCCUAAGGAAGUUCCAUGGAAACCCUGUCCAAACUCGUGUGUUUAUCAGCAAGGAACUGUUAAUGCAAAUUCAGAGGAUGCGUCAAUAAAAAAUUCCUUCCAGCAUGCUCGGCAGAUCUGGGAAAGUGCUGCGUCUCAGAAUGAUAGGAAGUGUGCGAUGGUCCCCCCGCGACACCGUGCAAAUGGGACAUGCUCUAGUGCACAGCCGAGGGCUACAAAUACUGCCACUGCAGCAGAGAGUAGCAAAAUGAGAACUGCGGGCAAUGAACAAACCCAGGAUUUUUCUACCCAAAAGAACACUGCUUCACACAGCGGAGUUUCUGCACUUCCCCAUGCGCCAUCCCCGCCACUCCCAGCCAGAAGAUACAAAGGCACUGAACCAGCCCCUUCCAAAACCACUGGUGUCACUGGACUUUGCCAGCCAUUUUAUAACCAGCAAGAUUCAAGUGAGACCCUUCCUUACUCUAAAGAAACGGCAUCGGAACAUUUCCACCAUCACUCCGCCCCCGAAAAGCAGCUUGAUGUUACCGAUAACAAGCUUCCCAAAAUUAAGCCCCUUCCUUCUGUUGAAUCUCUUGGUCCCCCUCCAGAGAAACCACAGAGACCCCCAAAAGUCAAUCUCUGUAGCUUCCAGCAUUCAGCAUCACCGCUCGAAAGAAGCGGCAAAACUGCUGCUGUGGAAGAAGAAUACAUGACUCCUGAAAACACUGCCGUUGAGGAAUCGCAUGAUUACGAAGACACCAUAUCCUACCUGAAGCCGUGUGGAACUGAAAUGAGCUCAUGUACCACUCAAGCACCUACAACAGAAGCCAAAGAAAAUGACAAGAAGCCAAAAAGCUUCCUGUUUACCAGAUCCAGUGCUGAAGGAGCCAUUGAGGAAAAGACAAGUGGGAAUUUUGAAAGGGAGAGACUGCAGCAAGUGAAGAAAAUAUUCAAGAUUAGUGGCAAUAAGGAUAUACUUCAUAAAGUGCAAACAAAUGAAGAUGGAAAAAGUGGAAGCAACAUAUUGCAAAGGAGGCUGCAAGAUGCGUCCAGUCUUCCCCAGACUACAAAAUGUCCCACUGAGAAAAGCCUGUCAAAGGACAAUGUAGAAUACUCUGGCUAUGUGUGUGUGGGCGCCUUGAAUGCAGAUGAAGAAAUGGUGGCCUUGAGCCAAAGGCUGAAACCUGUGCAGUCGUUGGACGUUUAUGAUGAUGUAGAAGGACUGGAGGGUGGAAUUGGCCAAGGCUCCGGUGCUUGUAACUCCUUCACUUCUGACAGUUUUUCAGAAGACUACUAUGAAGAAACAUAUGAAGAUGUUCAGAAUGGGGAUGAUAUGCCAACCAGACUGGAUUUGGACAGAAUAGACAAACUGAAGAAUUUUUUCAAGAAAGAGAAAUUUAAACUGAAGAAUACCAAGAUGAAGGAAAACUUACGCAUGUUUUCCAGUUCAGUACCAAAUUUAGAUAUCGUGUCCCAAGAGGCCACAGCAUAUGAUGACAGUGUGACGCAGAAGGAUACAAAAGAGAAGGAUGAAAAAUCUAAAAAUUGGAAGCUAAAAUUUCUGAUGACGAAAGAAGAAAAGGAUCGAAAGAGAAGCAGCGAAGAUGCAGAAAGCUCAUCCUCCAGGGCGAUCUUCAAAGCCAAGAAAGGCAAUGCAGAAAAGAACAAGAAAAUGGCAAAAGAAGAAAGGGUCUUUAGAGAGACAUUCAUGUACAAUAAGGAGAUUGCAGUCAUCAACACAGCUUUUGCACAGAGUUCUGUCUCGAGCAAAGGGAAGCAAGAUUUACCAAUCACAGCUGGAGAACAGCUGGACAUUAUUGAUGUCACAGAAGGGAAUCAAAUGCUGUGUCGCAAUGCUGAAGGAAAAUAUGGAUAUGUCCUAGUAGAACAUUUGAAUUUCAGCAGGCUAUACUAGUCAUCUGAUGAAGGCCAGAUGAGAACCAGGUUCAAGCUUCCUCCAUGAUGGUGCACAGCAUGAGUCCUUAUAUGGCAACAGAUGAGAGACGAAUGGGACUAUGAAGCUAGUUUAGCUUUUCACUUAAGAUGAGAAGCCCCUUUUUAAAUGUGUAAUAGUGCAUGGCAGGCAACUAUCACAUCUUGAUUGAAAUCUGACUACUUUUUUUCCAGUGUUGCUGAUUUUGCAGAUACUGAAGAGGAUGUAUGAGGCCUACCAGUAGUCAAAUGCUCAGUUACUUUUACUUUAUAUACAUUUUUUUUUGUAUUGUAUGUAGCUUGGCAUUUGUACGGACAAUUCUUGUGUGAAUUCACUGUGCAUAAUACUUGUCACUUGAUGUCUGUCUUGUUGCUAUUAUUUCUUAGGUGUUGCAAACAGACUUUAAUGUGUUUAAAAUCUGUUACUUACAUAGACACUUUAAUUUUAAAAGUAGUAAAUAAAACACUAAUACCAGUAUAUAAUAAAAGGAAUUUUGUAA